AUGAGAGUUCACGUAACUCUUUUCCUUUUGACAAUAUUAUUGGAAUUUGUCUUUGGAAUGAGAAUAGAAGGUCCAUCGAGAUCCUAUUCUCAUGAUAAUGUAACGGAACAAGGUGUGCAACGGGUAAUGAAUGUUCAAGGGAGAGGAGGCAGACCACCCAUCGGUAGAUUUUUACAUAUAAAGAACCAGUAGAAGGAGCAUAUUUGCUUCGUUAUUUUUAGAGUUGGAGCCGAAACUCGGCUUUUUUGUCGACCCGAAAUCCGUAACCCGAUUCGAAGAAAAUUUUUGAAACCCGAUCCGAAAUCCGACCCGACUUUU